CAAAGAAUAAAAAUAGGAAUAAAAUAAAUAAAAUUCAACUUUAAGAAAUAUUAAAUCCACCUUAAAUUACUUAUACACUUAAUUCCACUAAAAGAAAGAAAUGGCUACCGGUACUGUAAUAAAAUAUGUUGGAAGAACGACUGACUUUAAAGGAAAAUCACUUUGGGAAAUCGUUGGUAGCCUAAAGAAUUUUGGUGUAGGCAGGAUUAUUGUCAGAUCUGUUUUCUUGCGUUACCCAGAACCUAGUUUUAUGAAAAUCGUGAAAGUGCAAACUUGCCCCGACGAGGAAAGGAGAAGAGUACGUGUUUGGGUUGAGAAAACAUUCAGAGGACAAAAACUACCCAAUAUUACAGAAAUAUAUCGCACAUCAUACAAAACUGAUUAUCAGCUUAUCCCCAAAAGAGAAGAAACUAGGUUGUUAGAGUCUAUAAACACCAUUGGAAAUAAGGCAGAUGUCAUAUUACCGAAUUCUAUUGAAAUGCCACCAUUGAUGAAACUGUUUAUCAUUAAAGAUCAUGAAAAGAAAGGACUAGAAACCUCCAAAGACUUCAUGAUGCCCCUCAGUUAUAAUCAAAGUCCAAAUAGAACAAACAAGAUAGCAAAAGCCAAUGAACAACCCACAAUAAAGUUUACUAUGGGAUUAGGAAAACCAGUCAGUCCCUCCCUGUAUGAUGGUAUCCCUCUAUAAUAACAAAUUAACUAAUGUUGUUGAAUUAAUAUUAUUCAGAUAGAAAUAAAACACUGUUAGAGAUUAAA